AUGGUGAAGAUGUAUUCUAUACAAAGGAAUCAAUUCUACACCACAGUGACAUCGAAUGAGAGUGUUCUUCAUUUGCGGUGCAAGAAGAAAUGUGGUUGGAUGCUACGGGGUACCAAAUCAAGUGAGCACUCGCGUGGCUUUACCCUAGUCACGUACAAAGGCUCGCACCGGGAGAACUGUGUCACUGAAAUACUAUCUACUGAUCACCCACACUUGGAUUCGUCCAUAAUAUCAGAGUCUGUGAAGUCCUUUGUGCGGAAAGAUCCAUCCUUAAAAGUUGAAUUCAUACAGGAACUCAUCUCCAAGCAAUUUAAUUUUGAUGUUCCGUAUCGAAGAGCGUGGUAUGCCAAGGAGAAAGCUAUAGCCGAAAUAUUUGGGGAUUGGGAGAGUUCUUAUGGCAGACUUCCGCACUUCAUGCAAGCACUGAAACAGCCAAACCCAGGAACCGUUGUCGUAUGGAAACACAAAGCUCUGGUGGAUGGUGUAUACUACAACAACAUGGAAGUCUUUGAACGAGUGUUUUGGGCCUUCGGUCCUUGUAUCGACAGUUUUAAACAUUGUAUGCCUGUUAUCUAUAUCGAUGGGACGCACUUGUACAGGAAGUAUAAAGGAACACUGUUGGUUGCUACAAGUUUGGAUGCAAGCUUCCAAGUAUUUCCUCUAGCAUUUGCGGUGGUUAAAGGCGAAAACACUUCCAGUUGGUCUUGGUUCCUGGGCUGCCUUCGGGUUCAUGUCAUGCAACGAGAUGGCCUCUAUGUUAUAUCUGAUCGACAUCCUGGGAUCAUUGCAGCAAUGAAUGAUCCUAACGUUGGAUUCACCGAGCCACGAGCCUAUCAUAGGUUUUGUGUUUGCCACAUAGCUUCUAACUUGAAGACUCACGUGCGAAGCAACAAAAUGAGAGAUAUGUUCAAGGCUGCGGCGUACCAAAGAUAUGGGAUAUGUAUUACAAACUUCUCUGAAACAUUUAACAAUGUGUUGAAGGGAGCUCGGUUUCUACCGAUCAUGUCCCUUAUCGAGUUAACUUUCCACAGAGUUAACAAGUAUUUCACUUUGAGAAGGGAGUCUUCUGAGGCAAGGUCUGACCAGGGACUUGCAUACCCCCCUAAGGUCACUACCAUUCUGGAGAAGAACACCGCAAAAGCCAGAUAUCACAGAGUGAAUGCGUAUAACCGCCGAUUGCAUAUUUACCAAGUUACAACAGAAGGGGGAGAGCGACUUGGUAGUAAAGGAGGCCAUAAAAUACUGUGA